ACCAUUUGAUUAGCAGACAAAACCCUUACAAAAACUCUGAGGAAUUAUUUAUAUGUAUGUGAACACAAAGCACACCAAAUUCCAAACACUCAAAAAGAUAUAUACAAUGUGUGCAAGAGCUAUGAAGUUGUGCAUUGGUCCUCAACCAAUCACUAGUACUAGUACUGCAAAAAAGACCAACCAAAAACAGCUCUUCACAAGGCUUUCAAGGUUUGGAAUCUCACACACUGAUCUUAGAGUGAAUGAGAUUGUAACUAGGCAGUCAUGGUGUUCAAAUGGUUGUCGAAAAAUGCCUGAACUCGGUCACGCUUUCCUCAAUGAUGCCUAUGAGAGAUGCCGGAGUGUUUGUCAAGAGUACGCGAAAACGUUCUAUCUAGGGACGCAACUGAUGACCGAAGAUCGGCGGAGAGCUAUAUGGGCAAUUUACGAAAUAGUAUGGUGCAGGAGGACUGAUGAACUUGUUGAUGGUCCUAAUGCGUCGAACAUGAACAAUUAUGUGCUUGAUAGAUGGGAGGAAAGACUCGAACAAAUCUUCGAAGGCCGGCCUUAUGACAUGCUUGAUGCAGCCCUCACCGAUACCGUCAUUAAAUUCCCAAUCGAUAUUAAGCCUUUUAAGGACAUGAUCGAGGGGAUGAGAAUGGAUUUAAAGAAAAGUAGGUACGAGAAUUUUCAAGAGCUUUACCUCUAUUGCUACUAUGUCGCCGGGACGGUCGGUUUGAUGAGUGUCCCGGUGAUGGGAAUUGAUCCGAAAUACUCUCAUGGUUCCAUCGACAAGAUCUACAAUGCGGCUGUUCUCUUGGGCAUCGGAAAUCAGCUCACAAACAUCCUUCGAGAUGUUGGUGAAGACGCAUUAAGAGGAAGAGUUUAUUUACCUCAAGAUGAGCUUGCUCAAUUCGGGUUAUCAGACGCGGAUGUGUUUGCGAGAAAAGUAAAUGAUAGAUGGCGAGAGUUCAUGAGAGAACAAAUAAAUCGAGCACGGUUUUAUUUCAAUCAAGCCGAACAAGGUGCUUCGAAACUUAAUGAAGCUAGUAGAUGGCCUGUGUGGGCAUCCAUGCUUUUGUAUAGGAAGAUAUUGGAUGAGAUUGAAGAAAAUGAUUAUGAUAACUUGACAAAGAGAGCGUAUGUUGGAAGAACAAAGAAGAUUCUUAUGUUACCAUGGGCUUUAGCUAGAGCUACUAGUUUCUCAAAUUUAGUGUUACAAUGACUUGUUCUUUGUGUUAAAACAAUGCCAAUAUUCAUCAUGAAAUAUAUACAAUAAUAUCAAAUCUUUGUUC